CAGAUGUAUAUCGUUGGAGUUGGUAGCAGGUGUGAUAUGUGUCAAAUACAUGUUUGUUUACAGUAACGGAUAAUGUGCACGUGUGCAUAUGUGAACGAAUACUAAUAAUAAUGAAGGAAUUUGGUGUUGAUAUGGAAGCAACUUGAGUGAAUAACAGCCAGAAGAGAAAAACAAUCAACAUGGCUUCUUGUCUUGUAAAGUUGUGACUAAUGCAUGAGAACGUAUCGAUGUUAUUGCAAUGUAGGCAGUGACCUGUGUUAUAAAGUUUACUGGACAAAUUGACCUGAUGUUGCAAAGUAUGUCAUAAUGCUGAAAUCUGGCCAGAAGAGGCCUACAACUCCGAACAAGACGAGAUCAGCUAUUGGUUCUCCCGAAUCUGCAGAUCACUGGAGACAAGGUGUUCGUGAAACUGUUCUUACUGCCAGGCCCGAUGGUAGUUUAAAUUUUUCCAUACAUGGCGGUUCAGAUAAUGGUGAAUUUGCUUAUGUGAGUGAUAUUGUGCAAAAUAAAGUGAAUUAUGUUAGUGGAAAUUUGAAUGAAGGCGAUGUUGUGUUAGAGAUUCAGGGACAGAAAGUUGCCGGUUACACUCAAAGGGAUGUUGUGGCGUGGCUGAAUCACUGCUGUAGAAACGGAAAUCCAGUGACACUGAAGACAAUAGAUGCUGCAUCUAUAACUAAGGACCUCAGACAGUUCUUGAACACAAGAUUCCAGAAGGGGUCAGUGGAUCAUGACCUCCAAAAUACAAUUAGAGAUAACUUAUACUUGCGCACUGUCCCAGUUACAACACGUGUACCAAGAGAUGGAGAGGUUAAUGGUGUGGACUACACAUUUCUCAGUGCUGAGGAGUUCAUGGAAUUAGAGAGAAGUGGAAACCUCCUGGAAAGUGGAAUUUAUGAAGGUAAUCACUAUGGGACUCCAAAACCAUCAAAAGAAGCACCUGUUUCGCCUCCACAGAGCAGUGGCUCCAACUUGAACCUCAACAGUGUAGGAGUUUUUGGGACACUUUUUCCAGGCGCACAUCCCAGUUCUGAAGGAAAACGCAAACGAAAUCGUUCAAACGUGGAGGCAAUGGCUGCCAAGAAUAACAUGGAACCUGAACCUGUUGCUGGAAAUGUACUUGAUGGAUACAACAGUAGUGGAGACCAGGUGCCAACUGACCCUCCAAGUUACUACCAUUCUGGUGAAGGCCCUGAAUCUCUUCACGCAGAUCUAGGUCCUCUGCCACCUAACUGGGAGAAGGCCUACACUGACAGGGGUGAAGUGUAUUUCAUUGACCAUAACUCUGGUACUUCACAUUGGCUAGAUCCUCGCCUGUCUAAAUUUCAAAAGAAAUCACUUGAAGAAUGCCUCGAUGAUGAGCUGCCAUAUGGGUGGGAGAAAAUUGAUGAUCCCCAUUAUGGUACCUACUACAUAGAUCAUGUGAAUAGGAGAACACAGUAUGAGAAUCCAGUCAUACAAGCAAAAAGGGCAGCUCAAGACAGUGGAGUGACUGGAUCAAGUGAGGUUGAAGAUGGCAGUUACUCACAGUAUAGGAAGCCGCAGAAUUCACAGUCAUCUAGAACAAGUGGAAAUGGUCACAGUUCUACAUCAAAAAGAUCAAAUAAUUUUGAACGAGCAUUUUUUACUCGCAAUCCUAAUGAACUUCAAGGAGAAAGGAUAACAACUACACUUAUUAAAUCUUCUCGCGGUCUGGGCUUCACAAUAGUUGGUGGUGAUGACACUGAAGAAGAAUUUCUCCAGAUUAAAUCCGUUGUUCCAAAAGGACCAGCAUGGCUUGAUGGUAAAUUACAAACAGGUGAUGUGCUGGUCUAUGUAAAUGAAACCUGUGUACUAGGCUUCACACACCAUGAUAUGGUUAGUGUUUUCCAGUCCAUUGCUCCAAAUGAGACAGUUACAUUGGAAGUUUGUAGAGGGUACCCUCUGCCUUUUGAUCCGAAUGAUCCUAACACAGAAGUUGUUACUACUGUUGCUGUAAAUGCUCCAGAUACAUUUGCUGUUGACGCCAGUGUGUAUAUGGAUCAAGAUGGCAAUUUGAAGAAUGAAGGUUACAAUUUUUUAGAUGUUUCUUCAGAUAUAACUCAUACCCAUAAUGGUUCUGAAGACCUUGUGAAUAGUUCUGUGAAGUCUGUGCCAGAUUUAUGUUCCUCUGAAAAAAUAAAAAAUAUCCAGAGACCAAGCAGUACAGAUGUGCUCCUGAGUGAUAUGUCUGGUGAUGGUGUUGCUGAUUUUGAUGAGAACUCUACAAAACCAGAAUACAUUACUAUAAUGAUUGUAAAAGGUGCUAUGGGAUUUGGUUUUACAAUUGCAGAUAGUGCGUAUGGUCAGAAAGUGAAAAAGAUUCUCGAUAGGCAAAGAUGUAAAAAUCUUAUGGAAGGGGAUAUCUUAGUGGAUAUUAAUGGUAUUAAUCUUCGCAACAUGAGCCACGGAGAAGUGGUGCAGGUUCUUAAAGACUGUGCUCGUAAUCAAGAGGCAACAGUGACUGUACAGAGAGGGGGACCUGGAUCUCCAACAAAAAACAAGUCCAGGAAAAAAGAUGAUGCUGUAGGCAACAGGAAAAAUGUAUAUAAAGACACGGUAGGAGGUAUGUACCGUAGCAAGACUCCAACAGCUGAAUUAUACAGUACUCAGCAAAAAGAAGUUAUUCCAAACAGACCAAAAACGCCUCUUGUUGACACAAGGAACCGUCCUAAGACUCCAACUGAUAGAAGACCGUGGUCACCAUCAGAGACUGACGGAAGUGCUGUGGACCCAAGUGCCAACAAUGUAGACGAUUCCAGGUUUACAAAUGAAAGGAAGUGUGAUGAAAAUGGUGUGGACUUAUCCAGUUCAGUGCAAAGCCCAUCAUCUCCUCUCACACCUUAUCUCCAGGAGAACUAUAAAACUGCUUUCCCAUAUCCUGAACAUUAUGACCCACGUCAUGAAGCUGCUAGGAGUCCUUUAACAAACUUAAGUGAUCACCUCAUUUCAACAACACUACAGGAAUCGGGAUCAAUUCGUCCUGGAGAUUAUUCUCGAAGUAGGAGUCCUGGGAAUGAAAUUGAUGUUGAUCAGAUUCAGCAGAGAGAGGUGUGGGCUAAACUGCAUGGACAUUAUGAUUACAAAAACAGUGGGGAUUCUUAUUCAGAGAAUUCACCUCACUCUCCAGGGGUAUUUAGUUCUAGUGUCGGUGAUGUACAGAACGACUGCUCGCCCUCUUCUGACUACUUGAGACAUUAUGUUUCACACCCAUAUUACAACGGGUACAGUGGAGGACAAUACGAUCAGGGAUACAGUUAUGGUUAUGGGGAAGUGCAGACAACAAGUGCGUACCUUCAACACAAAGACUUUGCAUAUUCUCAGCAAAUGUCUGGCUACAGUUCGCAGUCGCAUCUGAUACCUGGGACUUCCAUACACCAUCCAGCAUUUUACACAUCUGACCCUGCCAACAAGAGAAAGGAGAGCACCAGUUUCGAGCAUGAACAGCCACAUCCUAGCAAUGUUACAAGAUACCCAAGAGACUUAAGAUGGGUAGGUUUAGGACAAGGAGUUCGAAUCUAUCCAGCUGGUCCAGAUAUGGAAUGGGUGGAAACACUGGUGACUUUAGUUCGCCAAGAAACUGGUUUUGGAUUCAGAAUUGUUGGUGGUACAGAAGAAGGCUCUCAGGUGUCUAUAGGCCACAUAGUUCCUGGUGGUGCAGCUGAUCUUGACGGACGGCUGUGUACUGGAGAUGAGAUAGUGAGUGUCGAUUCACAGUCUGUGUUGAGUACAUCACAUCAUCAUGUUGUACAGCUUAUGGGGAAGGCAGCUGCAAAUGGCAGAGUUGUUUUGGGGAUACGCAGGAGAAUACCUUCACAAGAUGUUGCUGCUCAUUCCAGGCCGGAAGCUGGGUACCCAUACGAUGUCACUGUUACAAGACGAGAAAAUGAAGGCUUUGGUUUUGUUAUAAUUUCAUCAGUGAAUAAAGCUGGUUCAACUAUAGGUCGAAUCAUUGAAGGCAGUCCAGCAGAGAGAUGUGGACAACUACACGUUGGUGAUCGUAUUCUGGCUGUGAAUCAUAUUGAUAUAAUGAAUAUGCAUCAUGGAGACAUUGUAAAUCUGAUAAAGGAUUCUGGUUAUACUGUCACCUUAACUAUUGGACCACCAGUUGAUGAUACCUCAAGCACAGCCUCAGUUUCACAAAGAGAUGAUGAUGUACUAGGAGGCGAAGAUGAACAAUAUCAUGCUGUGGAGCUCAGCCGAGGAACUAGAGGGUUUGGCUUUAGUAUCAGAGGUGGCCGUGAAUUCCAGAAUAUGCCAUUGUUUGUACUACAGAUUGCUGAAAAUGGGCCUGCAGCAUUGGACAAUAGACUAAAAAUUGGAGAUCAAAUAAUAGAAAUCAAUGGAAUCAACACAAAGAAUAUGACACAUGCUGAGGCUAUAGAAAUUAUUCGAAAUGGAGGACCUUCAGUGAGACUGCUGGUGAGGCGUGGUGGCAAGGUGCCACCGCCACCACCUGUUGGAGAGCCUUCAGGUGGUCUGGGUAGUGGAGCUGCUGCGUCACCCCCAUCUGGAUGCCCACCCACCCAUGGGCAGCCUGCCGGUCUGAGGCCAAGUAGUGUACUGGCGCAGCAACAACAACCAGCACAACCAGCAUCUCAGCCACCUUCUCAGCAGCAGCAACAGCAACAGCAGCCACAACAACAGCAAAAUGGGGGCCGCAAUGGGGACCCAGUUUACUGGGACCACCGUUACAACCAGAGCUGACAGUAAUUCGAUCAUGUCACUGCCAGCUGCUUUGCUUUGGUGCCUAAUUCAGUUCAUUUAUGUUUCUCUUUGUCCUUGAAAGAGGGAUCACCUACAGAUGUGAAUGUUUUCCUUAGCUGUGGAUGCUUUUUUUUUUUGUCCACGUUGAUCUCAUGUAUGCUAAGAUGGGACACAUUUUUAUGCUGUCGAAUCUCACAUGUGACUGUGGAGAGAAGAAGAUUCCUCUUAAAAUAAACAGGAGCAUACUCUGCCCGUAAAAUGUUCGCAGACAGGAUCUGCUGUUUGCCUUUGUAGCUGUAGUUUGUAUAAACAUGCUGCUGCUGCUUUCGGUGCUUUGCUACUCUCUCUCUCUCUGGCAGCGUCAAAAGAAACAGACUGUACUGUUUGUGCUGAUAUCACCAAGAGAGAAGCUGUAAAAAGGUUGUAAGACUACUACAGAAAUGAGCAGAGCAGCCUGUGAAAUAUCAAAUAAUCUGCAGAGGAUGUGUGUUAAAGGAUGUACCUGAAGUUCAAAAGGAAUUUCAGUUCUUUUUGUUUAGAGAUCUGUGCCUUAGCUGUACACUCUAAUUAUACCGUAAUAAAGAAUAAGAAGUCCUGUAAGGCAAAGAACCAGGCUUUUCAAAGAGCACUUACAAUAAAUUUAAGUAUAUUUGUUCUGUGAACUUUGUUACAAUUUUACUCAAGUUGUUGUUUGUAAGAAAAAUGCUUUCUGUAGAUUUUGUUUUUUUUUAUUUUUUAUUCAGAGUGUUUAAAAAUUUAGUAGAGAAUUCUGUGUAUGUCAAUUUCAUUUCUCUGUGACUGUUAUCUGUAAAUAUGUGUACAUAUUAAAACUGCUACUGUUAAUGUAUAUCCAACAUUCAAAAUUUUAAUUUAAUAUCUUUGUUGUACAAUCAUGUAUAGAGUUACUAGCUGCAGUACAAUGGGCAGAAAAGUUGCCUGCCUGCUUUUUGUACACAGAAUGGUUGAUGGGUGCCAGUGAAAGUUGUGUGGUUUUUAUUAUUAUGAAUUUAUACUGAAUGAUGCUGAAAAUAUUGUGUGAUUUGUGUCUGUUGUAAUCCAUUAAAUGUAAGUUGUACUUAGUUAAUGUUCAGGUUACUUCUUAUACAGUGAAAUCUUUGCAUUAUGUUCUUCAGAUUUUUUGUUUGGUGCAUAGUGACAUUGUUAUUAUUGAGUUUUAUAGCAUUUUAAAUGAUGGUAAAUGCGAGUAAUUAGUUUGCUGACUGCCAUAACUGAGAGAAUAUUCUAGUCUUUUAUCAUUCACAUUUGUUAAAGCAAUUCAUUGUAUUUUUAGUUUUUUGCUGUGGGAAGACAUACUGUUGAAAUGUCAUUACAAAAAAUCUUAGUUUUUCCUUCAUGUAUCCUUAGUUAUUUAAAAAAAUAUUGUAUUUUUUGACACAGAUCAGUCAAAGUCUGCGCAGGACUUUGAGAUUGUCAUUCAUGGACCAUGAUAUUUAAUGACACUUGCACACAGUGGCCCUUGACAGUUCCAAAAAAUUUUUGAAUUCAGCACUAUGAGAAAAUAUUAUUACAGUUGUUUUUAGAGUAUUUUCCCUCCUCUUUCAUAUAAAUAUUUUCCAAAGAUUUGCUGUUAGUAUCUACAUUUCCUUUCCAGUUUGUGAAAAUAAUUUUAUUUGAUUGCAGUUAAAAACCUCUAGACUGCUUCAUCUGAUUCUGCAAAAUCCAAAUAAUGUAGGUGCUAACUGCUGUAUACUGAAUUUUCUAAAUUAAACAUUGUGGGAUAGUACUUUAUUUGCAUUUUAUAGACUCUGUUGUAAUCAAGUGGGUCAUGUGAAAGACUGAGAGAACAUUGCAUUUCUAUGUUAUUUUCCAAUCUUAGAUCUUUAAUCAUUGUGGGGAACCAUUUGGAGAAUCAUUUUAUGUUCAGGCAUCACAUUAGUGGUAACAUCAAAUUAUGUUUGUGACACACAGUUUUCAAUGAUGGAUUAAAAUGGUAUUUUGUGUAGACGUGUUACAAUUUUUUAAAUGCAGAAAAACAUUGCAAUAAUCAUUCCCAUGACUUGGAACAAAUAACUGCAUAUUUGCGUUAUGCUCUUGCAUUCUACAUCUAUAAGUACAUUUUAUGAAAGUUUGAGGAGUGGAUCUGUCUGUAUGAUUUGGAGCAGAAACACUGAAGUGAAUGGGAAGCUUGAGGUGUUACCCCUGCACCCUCCCACUACUAUUCAUUUUGUAGGCGAGCACAUGUGCUACCACAGCUACUGUAACAAUCAUUGUAUUGUAGCCUUUACUGAUGAUAAAGAUAAUUUGAGCUCCAGAUUGUUUGUUAAAUUCACAGGUGGAGUGAAUAUUGCAUAACUGAGUAUGAUGUUAUGGCUAUGUUUGCCGGACUCACUUUGAGGCUGUUAAUCAAGCAUCAGGUAUUAAUAAAUAAAACAUGAAGUGUA